AUGGGUUCCACUCGCUCAGAUGAUGGCUCUGCCGCACACAAAGAACGCUUGCGCUGGACACAACAACUCCAUGAUCUCUUUGUGGAGGCUGUAAAUAGGCUUGGGGGCCCUGAUAGGGCAACACCAAAAGGUAUAUUGAAGGUAAUGAAGGCUAUGGACAUUUCAAAUUUGAGCAUUUAUCAUGUCAAAAGCCACUUGCAGAAAUACAGGAUCUCCAAGUUGAUUCCAGAAUCCACCUCAAGAGGAAAGAUUGAGAAGAGAGGUGUAUCACAUAUACUUCCAAAUUUCUGUUCUAUAUCUGCUCUUCAGCUAAAGGAAGUCCUUCAAAUGCAAGCAGAGGUGCACAAAUGCAUGAAUGACAGAGUUGAGGUUCAGAAAAGCUUGAAGCUGAAAAUUGAAGCACAGGGAAAGUACCUAGAUAGAAUCGGACAGAGUAGUCAGAUCAAAACAAUUACAAGAAAAGCAUGCAAGUCUUUUGUUGGUAGAGCUAUACCCCUGCCCUCUCUUUCCGAGGAAUCUGAAUCCUUAAAAACACAAUCCGAGGAAGAACAUCAAACAGCCGAAAAGAAAAAGAUCACUGGCGGAGUUUUUCCUGCAGAUUUUGAACUAGGAUCAUCCACAAUCUCAGAAUUCUGCAACCAAACUUGGAAUCUUUCCUGGAGUCAGCUGGCUGAAGCAACAUGCCAAUCACCUUUGGUGACUAGUUUCUUAUUAUAG